AUGCCUCCACCUCACACCCACCUCCUCGGCCUCACAAGACGUGUCUCCCACACCCCCCUCUCCAUCUUCACCUCCCUCCCCACCAGAACCUCCCUCUCUCACCUCAUCUCCCAUCCACACCCCCGUCCCUUCACAACCACACACCCCCUCUCCCAUCCGCGCAAAGACUCCCAAGACAAAAACAGCAUCAACACAGAAUCCACCGAAUACAGCAAAUCCGGCACCGACGACGCAGCCGCCCGCGAAGAAGAAGCUGCAUUCGAUCCGAAUACAACUAGGCCCGAAACAGAAAAGGCUCAGGCGGGAAAAGGGGCGAAGAAGGAGGGAGAGGGGAAUCCCUUGGAGGUGAGUCCGGCAAAUACGGUGGUCAGUGAGCAGAAAGGGGGGAGGGGAGGUGGUGCGGAGAGGAGUGCGGGGGGAAAGGAGGGGAGUGGGAGGAGUGAGGGGAAGGAUGGGGAGGGGAAGGGGAAGGAGGGGGGAAGGAGUGGGACUGGGUUUGGUGGGGGGGAGAAGGGGGGGAAGAGGGGGUAG